UUCUGCGCCGUACACAAAACGCCCUCUCGCUGACUAUAUAAGACAGCUCAGACGCUAUAGUUAAAAAAAAAAGGCAGAGAGAAGAAGAUCAACCACACAUUGUAGACUUGGCCGACAUCAUGAUCUCUCUCUACUCUCUCCUGUAUACUCUGGUGCUGUUCUCCGAGCUGAGCGGCCUCUCCGCCACCGCAGCGUUGCCCGCAGCUAAAGCAGAGGACAACGCGGCGGAGCAAUACGGCCUCGGCCUGUUGCUGAGGGAUGAGCCGAUGGCCGAGCGCGCCGCGGUUCCCCAAGCGUACAGACGAAGUGUGCCGGACAACAACGUGGAGGAUGAAGAGGAAAGUCCCAAAAUCAUCUUCGUCUCAGACAUGAGGCUGAAAGGACACGGCGUCCGAGGGCUGAAUCCAUUCUUUACCCGGAGCUUUCCUCUGCUCACAGACCAAAGCGUGAGCUACAAUCCAGCGGAGCCGAGUUUAAAAAUCGACCGCAGAGACACCAAACUUGACAUGCUGCGGUGUAUGAUAGGCAGAGUGUACCGACCCUGCUGGGAGGUAUAAAUGGAUCAUCUCAACCAACAGUCCUGCCACUUUCUCAUGAAAUGUGCUGUAAAUAAAAUCUGCCUCAUUGUGUGAAAAAAAAAACUGAAAAAUGAGCAUGUACAAAAAAUAUAAAACAAAAUAAAAGUUUAUUUAAAAAGGAAACAUUUGCAUCAUAUUUACAGAUUUCAUGGUUAAAUAUAAACUAUACAACUGGAGGUUGGAGGUGCGUUUUACAAAAAACUCCUCGACAGGUAAAAGAUGUUGUUGCAGUUUGGGUGAAAUCAAUGAAUCCGUUUUAUUGACAGAAAA